UCCUCUCCAGGAAGGGAAACUAGACGCGGCGAGUAUGCUGCUGUACGGACACUUAGUACAUAGGCCAUGAAGCGUUGCCUGGUGCGGAGCGGGGCUGUGAGGAGGCACAGGGGGACAGUGGAGGGGCUGCAGCCGGCGCCGGGUGCUCAGGAGAUAGAUUCGGCAGAGGAUCCGGGAAACACCCUGAGUGGAGGGAGGUGUACAGGAGACACUGCCGCCUGUGACCGGGAGCAGUGUGCGGAAACGAUGAGCAUUUCACGGUCUCCCAAAGAAUCAUUUGUCAUUACUGGAGGUGGCGGUUACUUUGGACACAGAUUAGGCUGCCGGCUGCACCAGAGUGGUGUGAGCGUGGUUCUUUUUGAUGUAAGGAAACCAGCCCAAGAUCUCCCUGACGGCCUCCGUUUUAUACAAGGAGACAUUCGAUCUCUUGUGGCAGUGGAGGAAGCCUUUAUUGGUGCCACCUGCGUAAUCCACACAGCUUCCUACGGAAUGUCCGGGCGGGAGCAGCUCCAGACCGCUCUCACGGAAGAGGUCAACGUGAAGGGCACAGAGAAUGUCAUCCGGGCCUGCAUAAGUAAAAAUAUUCAAAGAUUAGUCUACACCAGUACGUACAACGUGGUGUUUGGCGGGCAGAUCAUUAAGAAUGGAGAUGAGUCUCUCCCGUAUCUACCUCUAAAUCGCCAUGCAGACAACUACUCUCGGACCAAGACUAUCGCUGAAAACCUGGUGCUGAACGCCAACGGCCGCAAGCUUGCCAAUAAUGGCGGAUGUUUAAGGACCUGCGCUCUCAGGCCGGCCGGUAUCUACGGCCCAGGGGAGCAAAGACAUCUUCCUAGAAUCAUUAAUACUCUCGAACUAGGGUUGUUCAAGUUUCUAUACGGGGAUCCUCAUAAUCUUGUGCAGUUUGUCCAUGUUGAUAAUCUAGUAUCCGCUCACACUUUAGCCGCUGAAGGUCUUACAGACGAGAGAAGGCACGUCGCCGCCGGUCAGCCAUACUUCAUAGCAGAUGGUGAACCUGUGGAUAAUUUUGAAUUCUUCCGCCCCUUUGUAGAAGGUCUGGGGUACAAGUUCCCCACAGUUCGGCUUCCUCUGUUCCUUAUAUAUUUUAUGGCACACCUCACUGAAUGGGUGCAUUUCCUUAUCAGCCCCGUUUAUAACUUCCAGCCGUUACUAACCCGCGCCGAGGUCUAUAAAACGGGGAUAACGCACUACUUCUGCUUGGAAAAAGCCAAGAAAGAGCUGGGUUACGAGCCCAUGCCGUUUACGAUGCAUGACGUUGUUGACUGGUACCGCAGUCAGGGCUAUGGCAAGCGGGUCAAGGGUUACAGUCUUCUCUGGGAUGUUGGGCUACUCGUCUUGCUGAUUGUGGCGCUGUUUGCUUGGGUGCCCAGUGUGGUGGGGUUAGAUCUAUAACCUGCCAACAACUAGGACUUCUCUGGUAGACUAUUGCCGUGGCCUAUUCACAAUCGCAGCAAACGUUCAGUAGAAAAAGGGUUGAGCAGCCACGCCGCUGCGUCCUGGUGCGUCGAUAGGUUGCAUUACCGGUGCUUAAGUGAUGGCGCUACGUCCUAGUAAUCUAAUAGUCUGGAUUCUCAGUAAUGGAGUGUAACACUCGCACAAUGGCUGCCUAAUUUGUAUUUUAUAUUUUUCAUUUUUUUGUUAAUUGGUUCUGGCAUUAGUUAGGAACUACUUCAAUUUCAAAGGGGUGCUAAGUCUUAGAACAAAAAGCCUGAAUAGCAUUGAGGAUACAGGAAGUGUAUUUUCUGAUGUGUUUUCUCUGGAGAACCUGAGUUGUGGACCUCUCACCUCAUUCCUGGUCUCUGCCCUCACUCACUACAUUCACCGGAGUUCUUACAGUGGGUUACCAAACUAAAAAUCCACUUCUUACAGGGAAAAUAGAAUAUAACUAUUGUUUUACUAUUAAUAUUAGCCUGUUAAUAAUAAAAAUUGUACUUUGCGGCCCUGUUAUGAAUGAAAGAUGAAAGAUACUCUCCUCAUUACUCGGUGUUAUUGGGGAUCCCUGCUCCUUUCACCGUCUAGCUGUUCCUCUCCUCACAUUAUCACUUCCUCUGUCUCCUGCAUCUCUGGUAUCCCUGAAGAUCAAUGCACUCGGCUCCUGAGCCGUCAGCAUUACAGUGAUCUAAUUGGCUGAUCCUAGAAAAUCAGCUGGUGAAGAUUCAGUACGCCAAGAUACCCCGACAGCGCAAAGAGCAGCGUUGACGGUGUCCUUCCAAAGCCUUAAGAAGUGCUACCAAUUUGUUCUAAUUAUUAUUGUGUUAUAUUACAUUUAAUUGAAAACUUCAUAACAAAACUUAGUUGUGGUUUAUAUCUAGUGUUCCUUCUUUAGUCCGUUGCUGUUAGUUACUCACCUGUUGUUUAUAGCUAAUGAGCUUAUGUUAGCCGGCAGAUAUACUUCCGAUAUUUUGUUCAACCACCUGUUAUGGUAAAACGUUCAAGCAGAUUGUUGGCGGACAUUUGGAAGAACUGAAACCAAAGCAACUAUGGCAGUGCCAUCAUUGAGCACUAGUGAAAGUCUGUUUACCAAAUCUUGGCUUCUAUUAGACAUGGACUGGUUGAUGUGGUUUAUUUGUGAUUUGUGGCUCAAGACCCCUGGAGCUGAAACUCCAGGGUGUAAACCGAGGUGUAACAGUUGUAGGACUAUUGAGGUUAAAGUGGGGGUAAACUAUUACCGCAACGUUUUAUCACUCCCAGCCUUUCUGUCUUCCAGGGUUUCCUCAACCUCUACUUCAGUUUACUCACUGUAAUCUAGUCAGUAAAACGAGAGGAGCCAUUAUUAACUUUAGUUGGCUGUGAUUGACAGCUCAGGUGAUGAUGAUGAAGAAUCUACAUGUAUAGAAAGAUGAGAUGCAAGUAAGGGCACCCUAACAGCUGUUUGCAUGUCUUCAGUGUCCACCAGCUCAUUAUCCCAAACUGAGGAACAGGGCACAUUGAAGAGAGUAAACGUGCAAGUAGGGAGAGAGUUCCUUACAGAGUCCGCCACACAUUCUGCGCAAGCUAAAGCAUGCGUCAUCCAUACCGUUGUUUGUAGGAACCGACUCCUGGCUCCUACUUCCUGUUUCACUUCCCUGGCUUGGCUGCCUCGGGAUUGGUGGAAGCGUUGGCCGGGGUUCAUGGAACCUCAAGCUGACUCAAACAAACUCGAUGGACAUCAAAUUCUGGAUGAAUCUUUCAAACUCUCAAAGAGUUUGAGAAUUCCUUCAAAUCUGAGAACUUUUUGGCCACUGUUGAACCAUUUUCAACCAGUUUAGUUUGAGCAUCGCUACUUCUGAGGUUUCCUCAUAACUGUGGGAAUAACUUUAAUGCAUGCACCUAAUCUUGAAAAUAUUUGUGCUCAGGAAAUGUAUUGAAAAUGUUGUUCAGCAUCUACACCGGUGUUUAUAUUCUGCGGGAAUAAUGGAUUAAUGUAAUAGACUAUGGGGUAAAUUUACUAAGAUGGUAGUUCUAUUUAAGAUGGGAUGUUGCCCAUAGCAACCAAUCUGAUUGGUUGCUAUGGGCAACAUCUCAUCUUAAAUAGAAUUCUCUCAUCUUCGUAAAUUUACCCCUAUGAGUAUGUAAAAGAGUGUUGUUGUUUUUUUAAAGCUGCCUUAAAUCUCUUGGCAAAAUCACAGAAAAAUCAGCAAUUUUACAAACUCGUACCUAUUAAAUUUUCCCAUGUACCUUUCUUUUUUAGGAAGCUGCUUUUUAUGAAACGUUUAUAUUUUUUCACAUUUUUCUUCUGUUUCCUUUUUCAAUUGUACAUGAAUUAUUUCUUGAUACAUUCUACUUUUUUACUACUGGUUAAGCAAAGAUAACACUAAACCAUUUCUGUAUUGUUCGUACUGUUCAACCUCUAAUUUUCUUUUAUAGAUUGCAAAUAUAUUUUGUAUGUAUGUUGUUUGCAUCUAAUUGUUGCAGAUUUUGCAGCAACGUGUUAUAGAACUGACAUUCCAUAUAUUCCAUCUAAACAAUCCUUGACAUGUAAUCUUAUAAAUGAUAACCUGCAAAAGGUAUACGCUUGUAUUUGGUGCUGGUUUUAUAAAAAAUAAACUAAAAGGAAAAUGGUGACCAGUUCAGACCAUAAAGUAUCACUUCUUAAAAAUGUAAAAAGCAUUAAUUCAUUUACGAUAUGUAAAGUGUUGGUAGGCUCAUAGAAAUCUAAAUCUUUUUGUUUGUUUGGGGGGUUUUUUAAAUGUGAAAAGAAAUCGUAAAAA